GCGGGAGGUGGGGCUGGAAGGGCCGGGGCGCUUCUAGAACGGGCGGCGGGAGCGGCGGCGGCGCGGUAUCUAGAAGAUGAAACCCUGGCUGCAGUUGAUGUUCUUCCCUUAUGUUUUCCUGAUCUGGCACACAGAAGCAGAGUUCUUCACCUCCAUAGGUCAAAUGACAGACCUGAUUUAUGCAGAGAAGGACUUGGUACAGUCUUUACAGGAAUAUAUCCGAGCAGAAGAGAAAAAGCUCUCUCAGAUUAAAAGCUGGGCUGAAAAGAUGGAUGUACUGACCAGCAAAUCAGCCUCUGAUCCAGAAGGGUAUCUGGCACACCCUGUAAAUGCAUACAAGCUUGUGAAGCGUUUGAAUACUGACUGGCUGGAAUUGGAAAACCUGGUUCUUCAGGACACAACAAAUGGCUUUAUUGCAAAUCUUACAAUCCAACGUCAGUUUUUUCCAACUGAAGAAGAUGAGACCGGAGCAGCGAAGGCUCUGAUGCGCCUGCAGGACACCUAUAAACUGGAUCCUGAAACCCUCUCUCGAGGGAACUUGCCAGGGACAAAAUACAGAUCCUUCCUGACAGUUGGUGACUGCUUUGGCAUGGGGAAGACAGCCUACAACGAUGGGGACUAUUACCACACUGUGCUCUGGAUGGAGCAGGCCCUAAAACAGCAUGAUGAGGGGGAGGAUACAACAGUCAGCAAAGUAGAGAUCCUAGAUUAUCUCAGCUAUGCUGUUUUCCAGUUUGGGGAUUUGCACAGAGCCAUGGAGCUCACCAGGCGGCUGAUAUCCCUUGACAGCACUCAUGAGAGAGCAGGCAGUAAUCUGCGGUACUUCGAGAAGCUGCUGGAGAAGGAAAGAGAGGAGAAGGAGAAAGAAAAUUCAAUGAACAAGACUGUGACAACCACAGAAGCUGUGGUGCAAAGUGGAGCCUAUGAGAGGCCUCUUGACUACCUGCCAGAGCGUGAUAUCUAUGAGGCCCUUUGCCGAGGUGAAGGGGUGAAAAUGACACCUCGAAGACAAAAAAGGCUGUUUUGUAGGUACCAUGAUGGAAACAGAAACCCUCAUCUGCUGAUAGCUCCCUUUAAAGAAGAAGAUGAAUGGGACAGUCCUCAUAUUGUGCGAUACUAUGAUGUCAUGUCUGAUGAAGAAAUUGAGAAGAUUAAACAACUAGCUAAGCCAAGACUGGCACGAGCCACAGUACGUGAUCCCAAAACCGGUGUCCUUACAGUGGCUAGCUACAGGGUAUCCAAGAGCUCAUGGUUGGAGGAAGAUGAUGAUCCUGUUGUGGCCAAGGUGAACCAGCGAAUGCAGCAGAUCACAGGGUUAACAGUGAAAACAGCUGAGCUCUUGCAGGUUGCCAACUAUGGAAUGGGAGGGCAGUACGAGCCACACUUUGAUUUUUCUAGGAAAGAUGAGCCAGAUGCUUUCAAGCGGUUAGGGACUGGAAAUCGUGUGGCCACUUUUUUGAACUAUAAUUUUGGAUGACCUUUGACUUAGAAGGAACAAUACACAUCUUCUCUGCCAGUUGUACAUGGUCAAAGGCACUUUGCCCUUGUUUGUCCAAUAUAGAACUCACAGCACAGCAUACAUGUACCACCAGCCUUACUAAACAGAGUAGUUGUGUGGCUGAGACAUAUAUUACCUUGCAAGGCUGCAUACACACGCUUCCCAGCUGGAAGGGGCAAAAUCCUGUGCACCUGUGGCAUCUGAUGCCCUUUUAUUGUACCAAGCAGGAGGACACCAGAGUGGUAACAACAUCUGCUUUAAACAGAAAUCCAAGUUUCAGUAGGAAUUGUGGGGACUUAGGGAGUGUAUUAGUAGUUUUUAAAUUUGAUGGGAGUUGGAUCUGACUGAUUUGUUUCUUUUAAUUACAGUCUGAUCCAAAGCUUACCUGAAUUCAGUGGAAAGACAUCAUGUUUUCAAUGGGAGCAUUUCUAGAAACUUUAGGGUUUGAGUCAAGUCUAGAAUUUACAAGAAAUGCAUUGUUACUGAUGAAUACAGUAGGGUUAAAUUCAUUCCAGUGUAGUAGGACAAAGCAUAAAGAUACAUGGUUUUGUUUCGAGUCACAUAGCUGUAGCUCUUGAAGCUUGAGCUGCCUAAAGCACUUGAAAUUGCAUAAGACUGUUGGUGAACAGCACAGAAACAGUGCAGAAAGAGAGGUUUUCUAAUAGUUUGUGUAGUUUUUGAAGUGGUUGACCAAGAUGCAUAAACUAAAUCAUGAAAACGAGUUCCAAAGGCAUGGUUUCAAUUUAUGAGGAAAUAUGUGGUUUAACAGACACUUGUUUUCCUAAUUGGAUCAUAAAGUGGAAUGAAAUUCUUGAAACCAGCUUACUCUGAGGUCCUCUCUCUUGUUCUAGAGUAUCAGCUUACUAACAUUUCAGGUACACAACUUCUAGUGGCUAUUUGAAGUAGAGGAUACAUAAUCUAGGAAAUCCAUAUCUAGAUAUACAUAAUCUGGACAAAAGCCUUCAGCUGAAAUAAAAUGCUUCAACAGCAGGUACUGCUUCUUCUGCAGUUUGUGCUGAUUGAAGUGCACCCUCCUCAUCAGUGCUGCUUGUAGAGGUGCAAGUGGAAAUAUCAGGCCUUGGGACGUUUAUAGCUUGUGAGACUCUAUAAAAAACCUUGUAAAUGUACAGUUUGUGGACUUC